CAUCGGAUCGUUUGUCCACGAAGUUUUCCUCCGAGGCUAACACAAAGAUGAGGCAAUGAUUGGCCACAUUACUCUCUGUCCUUUCCAAUAGAAAUACCCCCCCGUUCCCUUCGGUUUCUGUAAUAGAGAGAGAUACAGAGAGAUGGUGAUGUGGGUGUUCGGGUACGGCUCUCUCAUAUGGAAAGCUGGGUUCCCCUACGACGAUCGCCUCGUGGGUUUCAUCAAAGACCAUCGUCGCGUGUUCGAUCAGGGGAGUACUGAUCAUAGAGGGACGCCGGAGUUCCCAGGAAGGACUGUCACUUUGGAGUCUGCAGCCGGAGAAGUCUGUUGGGGAGCUGCGUACAGAAUUUCUGAUGAGAAAGAUAAAAGAACUGCCAUAACGCAUCUAGAAGUAAGGGAGAAGCAAUAUGAUCAGAAAGCUUAUGUCGACUUUUUCACCGACCCAGCUGCUAUAACUCCGGCUGUCUCUGGAGUAAUGGUAUACAUUGGUUCUCCAGAUAAGAAGAUCAACCCGAAUUAUUUGGGCCCUGCACCUCUUGAAGACAUUGCUAGACAGAUAGUGCUUGCUGAAGGACCCUCAGGACCAAACAGGGAUUAUCUUUUCCAAUUAGAGAAGGCUCUUCUUCAAAUAGGGUGUGAAGAUAAGCAUGUAAAGGAUCUGGCAGAUGAAGUGAGACGUCUCCUAUCAGAGAGGAAACUGAAAGGUGAAGAAGUAUGAAGCAUUAGUUAAUCUUCGAAACCACAAGACAAGAAGCCUUGAACUCAUUUAUAAUGCCAGAGUUCUUAAGUUGGUCACGCAGUCUACAUACUUUCAUCAGCCAUUGAUCAGGCUUGAUUGUGUUGAUUUCAUCUAUUCGUUUACUACGUUGACAUUAUAAAACUUCAAUCAUUUGUCUUCU